UGGGAGUUUUUUCUUGGUUUUGGAAAAAAGCAUAAAAUUAUUUUUCCAUUCAACCUUCGCAUAUUUUCUUUUUUUUGGAGGGUAUUAGAAGGAAAGAAACAUGACGACGGAGGGAUCUAGAAUUCGUGUUCUUCGGGCCACUUGACUAUCACAGCCUCGUCAUUUACCCUGUGACUACCCGUUUGCCCCUCAUGCCAUUCAUGAUUCAGGCCCCAUUUCAUACUUGCUUUUCCCGCUGCUUUUGGCUCUUCUAUUGCUGUGCUCGAAUUUAAAAACGUCUCCACUAACAAUCGACCAGAAUCCUAUCACAAUGGGUCACGAAGAUGCUGUUUAUCUGGCCAAGCUCGCCGAGCAGGCCGAGCGCUACGAAGAGAUGGUCGAGAACAUGAAGGUUGUCGCCUCUGCCGAUGUAGAGCUUACCGUUGAGGAGCGCAAUCUCCUGUCUGUCGCCUACAAGAACGUUAUCGGUGCCCGUCGUGCUUCCUGGAGAAUCGUCACUUCUAUUGAGCAAAAAGAAGAGUCUAAGGGCAACGAGUCCCAGGUUUCCCUCAUUAAGGAGUACCGUCAGAAGAUCGAGGCCGAGCUCGCUAAGAUCUGCGAUGACAUCCUCGAGGUUCUCGACAAGCACCUGAUCCCCUCUGCUCAGAGCGGCGAGUCUAAGGUCUUCUACCACAAGAUGAAGGGUGACUACCACCGUUAUCUUGCCGAGUUCGCCAUCGGUGAUCGCCGUAAGGGCGCUGCCGACGCCUCCCUCGAGGCCUACAAGGCCGCCACUGAAGUCGCCCAGACCGACCUUGCUCCUACUCACCCCAUCCGUCUUGGUCUGGCUCUUAACUUCUCUGUCUUCUACUAUGAGAUCCUUAACUCCCCUGACCAGGCUUGCCACUUGGCCAAGCUUGCUUUUGAUGAUGCCAUUGCUGAGCUUGACACCCUGAGCGAGGAGAGCUACAAGGACUCUACCCUCAUCAUGCAGCUUCUCAGAGACAACUUGACCCUCUGGACUUCGUCUGAGGCCGAACCGGCUGCUGAGAACGCCUCCGCCGAGAAGAAGGAGGAGGCCCCCGCUGCUGAGGGCGAGAAGCCCGCCGCCGAGUAAAGAAGAGAUGAAGGACUCGCGUCCGAUCAUGGAUGGAGCAAUCGGACGACGGGACUGUUGAUUCACGCGAAAGAACUAGAGUGCUGAAGAGGAAAAGGAAACGAGGCGACUUUGACGUUUUCGUAUCGUACAAUCUAGGGCAAGAUGGAGGCUUUUUUGGCGCCACGGCCCGCGGAUAGAGAUUCGGGUUCUCGAUGCUCUUUGAGCCCCUCUGCUUUCUUUCUCUAACGCAGUUCACUUUGGGGCGUGGUUGGCUUC